AUGGAGUUCCCCAGAGAAGGUCUAUCUAACAAUAAACCACCGGCCCUACUUGGCACAAACUUUUCCUACUGGAAAGCCCGAAUGCAAAUAUACAUUCUAGCACAAGGAGAAGGUGUCUGGAAUGCUAUAGAAAACGAAUGGAAAACUCCAGUCGAUGACAAAGGAAAUGAAAAACCUAGAACCGAUUGGAGUGAAGAAGAGAAAACUGAAUAUGACUUUAACUCAAAAGCCAUGAAUGCAAUAUAUGGAGCGGUAAGCGAAGACACUUUUAAGCUAAUCGCAUCAACCCGCAUAGCCAAAAUUGCAUGGGGUAUAUUGUGUGAUCAUCAUGAAGGAAACACAACCGUUCGACAAUCUAAGCUUCAAAUGAUACAAACUGAGUUUGAAAACCUGAAAAUGGAAGAGGAAGAAAACAUCACCCAAUUCAGUGCCAGAGUUUUAAGCAUAUCCGGAGAUGCAUUCAACCUAGGCGAACCUAUACCCGAACAUAGGAUCGUCAAAAAGGUAUUACGCUCACUACCUGGGAGAUUCCAAAUGAAAGUCACCGCUAUCCAAGAAAACAAAGAUCUGAACACAUACAAACUCAGUGAUCUAAUAGGAAAUCUCCAAACUUAUGAACUUGAGAUACUGCAAAACCAGAAGAACAAUGGUAAAGGAAUAGCACUACAAUCCAAACAGGAAGAGAACUCGGAAACUGAUUCAGAAACCUUGGAACAGUCCAUUGCCCUAUUGACAAAGAAUUUCAACCGAGUUCUCAAAAAGUUCAAUAGAUCCAGGAAUAAAAAUUUUCAAAACAGCCAAGGAAAUUCUACAAAUCAAAAACCAUCCAAUCCAAAAAGAAGAGACAAUACAUUCACAGAAGGAAUACAGUGCUAUGAGUGCAAAGGCUUUGGACACAUUCAAUCUGAAUAUAGCGAAGAAGAUGACAGCAACACAAAUUUUGUGGCCUUUACUGCUAGUCAUGAAGAUAACAACAGUGAUGACAUGCAAGAAUUACUUGAAGCAUACACACAAUUAAAUGCCAAGUGGGAACAAAUCAUCAAGAAAAACUUAGAGCUCAUGGAGGAUAACCAUUAUUUGAAGAAUGAAAAGGAACGAAUAGAAAAGCAAUACGAGGAAACCCAUCACGAACUGUUAAAUGCAAAAACCAGAGAAGCCAAGUUACUACAGGAAAUUAAGGAACUUACCGAAAGGCCCAGGACUCCAAACACGAUCACCAGUGAGAAUGACCAACCUGAAAUACAGGAAGUGUCGAAACAACACUUCCGACAUCGAAGAAGAAUAAGGUGCUAUUAUUGUCACAAACUAGGACACAUCAAAGCACAUUACUACAAGAGACAAAAUGAUUACUACUACAGACAAAACAACAGAGCAUGUCCACCACACAACAUAAAUAAUGGUAAGAAAGUUUGGGUAAGAAAAGACCAAUAUGUUGCAUACACCUCCAAGACAAACAAAGAGCAUGAUAUAUGGUAUUUUGAUAGUGGAUGUUCCAGGCAUAUGACAGGAAAUCCAGAAAACUUAGAGGACAUCCAUUUUAAGGAUGAAGGGUAUGUUACCUUUGUAGAUGGAGGAAAAGGUAAAAUUGUUGCAAAUGGAACUUUGAGUGUACAUGGUUUACCAAAACUAUCAAAAGUAUUCCUAGUACAAGGGCUGAAAGCAAACUUGAUUAGCAUAAGUCAACUAUGUGAAGAUGAACUUAAAGUGGAAUUCACAAAAAAUAGUUGCAACGUCCUUAAUCAGAAUCAUGAAUGUGUUAUGAUCGGAAGAAAAUCCUCAAAUAAAUGCUACACAAGGGACGGUGAUUUAUCUUGUCUACAGACAACCAUCAAUCAAACACAAUUAUGGCACCAACGGAUGGGUCACAUAAACUUUCAUGACAUGAAAAAGGGUUUGAAGAAGGGAGCUUACCGAGGAAUUCCAACACUUGACAUUGAUGAAAACAGAAAAUGCGAUGCAUGUCUUGAAAACAAAAUAUCCCGAACAGCCCAUAAGAAGACCACAUGA